AUGGACCAACACACCCCAUUGCUCGACCAAAACCUCCCCGCCCAAGCCCCCGCCACCGCCACCGCCCCCGCCGGCCAGCUCGCUCUCCUCUGCGCCGUCCGCUUCAUCGACCCCCUCACCUUCACCCAGAUCUUCCCCUACAUUAACCAGUUUCUCUCUCAUCUCCAUCUCAUCGAGCACCAGUCUCAGAUCGGCUUCUACAGCGGCCUCGUGGAGUCUACCUUUGCCUUUUUCCAGCUCUGCAGCAUCUACCAGUGGGCCCAUCUCUCCGACAGCAUUGGUCGCAGGCCCGUUAUCCUCGCAGGAACUUUUGGUCUCGCCGUUGCCACUGUGUUCCUUGGCUUUGCUGCUUCCCUUCCUGCCAUCCUUUUGUCUCGAUCUCUAGCCGGAAUAUGCUCAGGGAUUGCCGCCGUUCUUCACGCCGUCCUGGGUGAACUUACAAACCCCUCAAAUCAAGCAACCGCUUUUCCAAUUUACGGUUUGUUUUGGCCCUUGGGCAACAUUGUUGGUCCCCUCAUUGGUGGUGCUCUUGCAGAUCCUGCAGCGCAGUUCCCUGGGGUUUUUGACUAUCCUUUCUUCAGGGAUUAUCCCUAUUUUCUUCCCUGCUUCGUAACUGGCAUGUUUGCACUUCUUGUUGGUGUCUUGGUCGCUUGUUAUCUUGAAGAAACACUUCCCAGCAAACGUGCUGGAAGGAAUCAUAGCGUGCUGCAGGAGAGCCCGUCCACUGUGGAAAGUACCUCUCCUCAGGUUUCCAGCCAAGUCAGAUUUCAGCCGCACUUGGAUGCGGCGGGUCUGAACGAUGCACCUCCUCCAAUGACAAUGGCUCAGCUUCUUCGUAUUCCGGUUAUUCGUGCACUGACCUUUUCAGGUGUUGCUCUCUGUUUUACCGCUACCGCAUUUGACGCACUUUUUGUCCUUUUCUGCUACACACCCAUUCAUCUUGGUGGUCUCAGCUUCUCUGUGCGCAUAUAUGCACAUGUCAUCCUUCAUCAGGUAACUAAUCCAGUGCUAGGCAUCGCACAUUGGUUACUCCCUCGCCGUAGCGGGCACAUCGUCCAUAUUAAUUCAAAUAUCGUGCCUGCCGACCCUCCUCACCCAUAUCAAUCACGCAAAGUUAUAUAA